AUGGGUAAAAGAAGGAAGGGAGGCGCGACACCGUGGAAACGAUGCAAGAAACCAAGAGAGGACGUUUGGCAAUCCGAAGGAGCUUUGGUUCGCGAAAAUUCCAAGUUUGAAGAGUACUAUCGUUUGCAAAAAAUCGUUCCCGAAGAGGAAUUCGACGAAUUCAUGACUUGCCUGAAAACCGAUCUUCCCACAACAUUCCGUAUUAAUUUGGCAGAUCCCUACGGAGAGGUCGUAAAGAGUACACUGAAGACCCGAUUCCACUUCGAGGGAACUGUGGACGUUGAAGGAAGGCAAGUGGAAGCGGUACACCCUCUGAAAUGGUUUCCGAACGAAAAUGCCUGGGAAAUUAACGUAGGCAGGAACAAACUGCGCAAAUCUCCGCUCUUCGCUGACCUGCAUUCCUACCUGGUCGAAAUGACCCAAGCUGGCGUGAUCAGUCGUCUCGAAGCCGUGAGCAUGAUUCCCCCGCUCUUUCUGGACGUCCACCCAGAUCAUCUCGUCCUCGAUCUGUGUGCCGCUCCGGGAUCCAAAACGCAGCAACUUUUGGAAAUGCUAAAAUCGGGGGUAAUUGUGGCAAACGACGCGAACCCGCAGCGCGCGCUGAUGCUGGUGAACCAGACGAGCCACGCGCCCACCACGAAGCUGGUGGUCACUUCCUACCUGGCUCAGCAAUUCCCAGUCCCGAGAAACGCCGGGAAGCCCGUCCAGUUCGAUCGAAUUCUGUGCGACGUGCCCUGCAGCGGCGACGGAACGCUGCGCAAAUCGCCGGAGAUUUGGUCCACGUGGUCGCUGCGGUACGCGCAGUCGCUGCAUUCCCUCCAACUGUCCAUUUUGGCGCGCGCGGUGAAACUCCUCAAAAUUGGCGGCAAAAUCGUGUACAGCACGUGCUCGCUGAAUCCCGUGGAAAACGAAGCCGUGGUCCUCGAAAUUUGGCGGCAAGCCGAAGGAGCCGUGCGAUUGGUCGACGUUUCCCGCCAAUUUCCGGACCUUUCCCGCGGGAAUGGGCUCAGUUCGUGGGUGGUGACGGACUCGGAGAACCGCGUGAUUCCCGCGGGGAGCGAGGCUUCGACGGAACAUUCCACGGUGAAACGGUCGUUUUUCCCGCCAAACGAAGAGGAGCGCGCCGCCGCGCACCCGGAAUUCGCCAUGCGCUUUCUCCCCCACGUGCAGAACCGCGGGGGAUUCUUCGUGUGCGUGCUGGAGAAAACCGCGGAACUGCCCGCGACGUUCGGCCAGUCGCUCGGCGAUGAAACGCUCGUGGGGCUGGUGAAGUGCGAGCAGCAGUGGCGUUUCGGCGGGAGUUUCAUCGCGUAG